AUGAUAGAAUCAAGCGACAGAAGCGGUGAAAAUGCAGAUCUUCUGAAAACCCUAACUGGGAAGACCAUCACCCUCGAGGUUGAAUCCAGCGAUACCAUCGACAAUGUCAAGGCCAGAUCCAGGACAAGAAGGAUUCCUCCGGACCAGCAGCGACUGAUCUUUGCUGGAAAGCAGCUUGAGGAUGGCCGCACUCUUGCUGAUUACAAUAUCCAGAAAGAAUCAACUAUGCACCUGGUUCUGAGGCUUCGUGGUGGUAUUAUUGAGCCAUCCUUGAUGCAAUUGGCUAGGAAAUACAAUCAGGACAAAAUGAUCUGCCGCAAAUGUUAUGCACGCCUGCACCCACGUGCUGUCAACUGCAGGAAAAAGAAGUGUGGCCACAGCAACCAGUUGAGGCCAAAGAAGAAGAUCAAGUAGAUGACUGGAUUGGAGGUUGCUUUGGUGCAUGCAGUGUUACUCACAGGGAGCAUUGGAUGUGUCAUGGCUACAUGGAUGAGUUUGCUAAUAGAGGAUUUUUAGGGAUCAAAAGUUGUAGGACUAGACCUCUUGCAUUGAGUUGGUCACAAACGAUGCUUUUGUUUUGAUACUCUGUUUCUUGGUUGCUGUUUGACAUUAUUAAGCUUAUUAAAUUUUUGCUUAAGACAAUUUUAAUUCGAAAAAAGAUAGUUUUCUGUUGA